AUGUCCUGCGAAGAGCUAAGCCAGCCAACACCACCGAUUGAGUCUCCUGGCACGGUUGCGACCGAAUUCGAGUUUUCUGAGGCGAGUAAUCCAACACAGGAGGGAAAAGAUAAUCUUCAGAAUGAAACCAAGAACAUUUGGGAUACGACAUGCCCAAACCUCUUCGACCAACUGCCGGAUUUUGAUGAGCCCACAGAUGCAUGGUUCUACACCGAGUCGGGAUUUAAUGGUACGGUUUCAGCCAAGCCUGAUGGCGAGCUGGAUGGGUUAUCAAUUUUGCGUCAACGACUGGCCAACACAUCCGUCCCCUCCUUUCUCAUCCAGCUACCAGUGAUGCUGGUGCAAUAUUACUUCCACACGGUCUGUAACCAAUGGUCAUCCUUUGACUGUCCUCUCAAUCCUUUCAGAACUAUUAUCAGCCGGCUCUGGAGUCGAAAUGCAGCCAUUUACUUUGCCAUCCAGAGCAUGUCAGCUGCCUCGUUGGCCAACGAUUUUCCAACGAUGCGAGCCAUCGGAAUGCAAACACAACAACAGGCAAUUGCAUGCCUGAAUAACAGUGUCCAAAAGGGUUCCAACUUCACUCAGGCAAAAGAUGAUGAGUACUUUCUGGCACUGCUCAUGAUUGGGUCCACCACUGGGUGGCACGAUGCUUCUGAUUUGGGGCUUCCGUAUCUGAGAGCGGCCCAAGACCAUCUUCUGAGGCAAGAAAGCCAAUGCAAGAAUGCGAACUCUGCCAUCGCAAAACAACAUCCGCUUUUCAAACAGUGCCUCCUUUGGUGGAACUUACUAGCUGCCUUUGUGGCAGAGGAGUCGCCCAUCCUCGACAUAGAAGACUCUAUAGAAAACAGCGACACGGAUUUUUCAGUCUAUCUUGUCGAUGGGGAGAUCCUACCGCAUCCAUGGACAGGGUCUCUCAGGUACUCAUUGAAUCUCUUCUAUCGAACUGCAAGAGUGAUUCGAGCGGCAAGAACCUCCCACCGCCGAAGGCCACAGUCUCUAGAUUCUACCUUAAUUGACUUGAGCUCCAUGGCUGAAGAACUCGAUCUCAGACAGAAAGCUGAACAUCUCGAGGACAGAAUUCUGUUCAGCGGGUUCUCAUUCUAUUGUGGGCCUGUCGAUAUCGGGGAUACAAACACGCCACCGUCCCAUUUCCUUACGUUGGCCGAAGCAUAUCGCUGUACAGCACUAUUGCAGAUUUACCAUGUUUUCCCGGACAUUCUUGAAGAGCGGCUACUAAGUAAUCAAAAUGCGGAUGGCGAACGCCCUAUUCCGGCCCUAUUUUCGUUGUUAUUCCCGACUAUUGCCACCGAAUGGUCAUCGCGCUCGGUGGAAGACGCACGCCACACCCUGGCACUGCACAUUGUAUCCCUCUUGGAGCAGCUUCCUUCGACGUCUGGAACGAAGGUUAUGCAGCCCAUAAUUUUGGCUUGCAUCUCCAGCGAUCUUGUUUUCUCGUCUAGGUCUGUGUUAGGCGCUGCGCAAAAUACGAUCCCUAGUCUGGAUAUGCUGGACGUUGAUAUUGCUCAGGCCAGACGAAAAGUCAAAAUGCGGUUGUCUGAACUUAUCUUAAUCCUACCAAAACUUCCAAUGCAACGUAUUUAUAACGUUGUACACGAGUCCUGGGACCGUGCAGACUCUGGUUUAGAAGAGUUCUGGCUGGAUGUUAUGCUGGAUUUAAAUUUGGAAACGAUUAUGGGAUAG